CUUGUAUAAUAGCCGGCUAAACCCUCACUUCUGCAUUUUUACUUGCUCACUCACUGACCAACAAGGAAAUCUAUUCACUACUAUACAGAAGCGUCCCUCAAGUCAGUAAUUAUGGUUGUAGCAAAGUCAUGGACACUGGUGAAGCACUUUGAUGGUGCCCCAAAACCUGAAGAUUUCAAGCUGGUUGAAAAGGAGCUUCCAGCACUCAAAGAUGGAGAAUUGUUGUUGGCAUCUGUAUUUUUGAGUGUGGACCCAUACAUGAGGCCAUACAGUGCAAAAAUAAUGAAGGAAGGGGACGUUAUGAUAGGAAGCCAGGUUGGCAGGGUAACGGAGAGCAAAAAUCCUAAUUUCCCAGUGGGAGGAUUCUAUGUUUCAAAUGUUGGAUGGACAACACAUUUCAUAUCCAAUGGCAAAGGACUACUUGCAUUACCCUCCAGCUGGCCUGAAUCUCUGCCUAAAUCGCUGGCACUUGGAGCCGUUGGCAUGCCUGGUCUGACAGCAUACUUUGGCUUGUUGGAAAUCUGCAGUCCCAAGGAAGGAGAAGUGGUUCUUGUUAAUAGCGCUGCUGGUGCUGUAGGUUCUCUAGUGGGACAGAUUGCAAAGAUCAAAGGCUGUAAAGUAGUCGGAUCUGCAGGCUCAGAUGCCAAACUUGAGUUUUUAAAGGAAAUUGGUUUUGAUGAAGCUUUCAACUAUAAAACAGUGGGCUCUUUGGAGGAAGCACUGAAGACAGCAUCUCCAGAAGGCUAUGACUGUUACUUUGAGAAUGUUGGAGGAAAGUUUGCAGAUGUUGCCUUGCAACAAAUGAAAACAUUUGGAAGAAUUGCUGUAUGUGGUACCAUUUCCAUGUACAACAACGCAGUGCCUCCUUCAGGACCUUCCAUGCAGCCAACUAUCCUGUUUAAACAACUCCGAAUGGAAGGGUUCAUUGUGAGUCGCUGGGAGAACCGACGUGAGGAAGGUCAGAAGCAGCUCCUGCAGUGGGUCUUAGAGGGCAAAUUAAAAUAUCAUGAGCACAUCACUAAUGGAUUUGAAAACAUGCCAGCAGGAUUCAUGGGAAUGCUUAAGGGAGAGAACAUUGGAAAAGCGAUUAUCAAAGUGUAGAUUUUCAUUAAUGGAAAAGAAGAAACAUGGUUUUGCUGACUUCUCUGGAGGCCACAUACUUAUCCUCCCUUUCUUACUGGGUCAGUCACUGAAUUACAAAGCAGGUGUCGUAGCACUUCAAAGGCUGCAUGCUUCUGGUAAAGAUGACCUGUGCUGAAAAAUGUGCCUUUAAACACAAAUUGGCAGUGACAUUCACCUUAAUUCUUGCCUAGCAGAUUACAUUCACCAAACAAAACUUAAAAAAAAAAAAUGCAUUAAUAAUAAACAACCUGAACCUCAUAAGUGCCUAAGUUUUGUAUUCAAAUAACUGUCUAAUAAAAGGUCUGUGUUGAUCACAUUGAA